UUAAUGAUCAAAUACAAUUUUCAAUACCUUAUCUUCUGGCUAAUGAUUCAGAUGCUAAAACAAGUUCAGUAAUACCUAAAGAUCCUCCAGGAGCUCCUUCACAUUUUUCACCGUUGAUGACGUCUUAUGAGAAGAUAACCUAUGGUGAUCUGAAUAUUAAAACUCUGCCACCUUCUAGUAAGUGCCUGGCAUUGGAAGCCAUAGUGGAAAACCUGAAAAGUCGUGUGGCAUCACCAAUCAAAUGCAGGCCAACAGUUGCAUUGCUUAAUGAUCGAAUAGCAAAGCCCAGGCGAAGCAUUCCAUUUUGUAGAACAACAGAGGAGCAGCAGGCUAAGUGGGUGAUGGAGGCAUACACUUUCUUAAAGCAACAGAAGAUUGAAAGAGCUGCUGAGUUUUCUUCCUGUGAUGAUGAUGAUUAUCUCCUUGAUGCAAUGGCUGAAAUUGAAGUCGUGCUAUCUGAUACAGAUGAUAACGGUAACUAUUCACAAGGCUGUCAAAAUUAUGGAACUUCAAACGUAAACUUUGCAAAAGCAGCAGAAGACAAAAGAGAAAUUCUCAGUCUUGCAUCAAGUGCAAAAAUAGAACCAGGAAAUGUUUGCAGUCGGUUGCACAAAUGUGACAUCUGUCCUUUUUCAAGUGCCAGUAUUAUGUCAGUUCUGUCACACUGUCAUAGACAACACCCCGAAGAAAACAUACCUUCCCCCAAGAUCCAGAAAUAUAGCAGUAAGAUGACUGUGCAGACGGGAUUAGAUUUACCUUUGCCCAAGCACAGCUUAUUUUGGUUUGAUUCUAAAUCUGCUGAUUCAGUUAUUCCUUGUUUUACUGGAUCUUCAACAUUGUGUUUCUGUGAACAUUGUUCAUUCAGUGGAGACUGGGUUUCUUUAUUUGAGCAUUACCAAAAAUCUCAUACAUCUACAAAUGUAACUAAAUAUGGGAGACCGAAAGAGUCAGAGAGAAGAAAUGUCAGCAAUUUACAAGUCAGGGCUCCAGUAGCUUCCACUUCUAGCAGUGAGCCACAGGUGGUGUUUCAGUGCCAGCUCUGUAAUUUUACCUGCUCAUCAAGACGAGUCAUUUGUCGACACUAUUGCAUCAGGCAGAGUGUUACUUGUGCUCAAGUUGAAGACUUUGAUAUUCUUUACAAAUGUGCCUUGUGUAUGUAUACUCAUUUAACUCAGGAAGGACUCAUUAAUCAUUAUCUCAUAUACCAUGAUAUUGAACCUCAAUUUAGCUCUCGUGGAAUCAAGACAGGCCAGAAUGAACUUGUCUCAUUCCUAUCCAGUGAUGAGGAUCUGAAAGCUGGUAUGGAAAAACAGAUAUGUAUGCUAUGUUCAUUUAAGGCUAUUACUCAAAAAGAACUUUUGUUCCACUAUAAAUUACGACAUCCAAGAUUUUAUUCCCAAAAUAGGUGCACUAUUGAAUGUAAAAAUCAUGCCAAUUUGCAUACAACAAACCUAGAUCCACAAUUUUGUGAAGCAAAACAUUUCAAGAAUGGAAGUGAAUGUGUAAAGACUAUGUUGGAGUGGGGAAUGAGUGUGGUCAAUACCAAGGAGCCUUCAGCCUUUGGUGAUGGCAGUGAACUUGAAUUGAUCAGCUGUAAAAGAGAUCGAGACUUAAUAAUGGCAGUGCCUGUCAGAGAACACCUGAGAAAUCAAAACAACAGCCCAUUUCAUUAUGGGCAGAAGGCCAUCAUGACUGCAAACUCAUUAGAUGUAACAAAAUUGCCAUCUAAACAAUUUCCACUGAACAGACCUGGAAGUCGGAGCGUAGAAUACAACCUAAUGCCAGGAAAGCAAAAUGUUGACAGCAGUGACAUUUUUUGUGAAUUUGGUGAUCCUCUGAAUAAAAUCACAGUCCAGGAAUCUAUAUUUGGUGCUGAAGAUGACUGGCAACAACGAGACCUGACAACAGGAAAUGAGGUGUUGAGGGGAGAUCCUACUUCUCGGGUGAAAGAAACAUACUUGGAGAGUACAGUGAAGGACAGUGCCGCAGUGGAAGGAUAUCGUUGUGGGCAAUGUACACGGCUUUUUAAAGCUCUGGCAGGACUUCGUAACCAUGAAAAGAUUCACUUUACAUCCAAAACAUGCCAUCAUCCCAUAACGAAGGGCAGAAAAAGAAAGAGCGGCUUGAAAAGUGACAUCCAGAUUACUAGCUCAGAAGGUGGAAAUUACAGAUGCCCGAGGUGUUCAUACUCGACCCCUGUAAUUGAACAGUUAAGAUCUCAUUCACUCAAAGUACAUGGAAGAUUUCUUAUGCCAAAACUGCGUGCAGCGGCUUCAGAUGCUGAAAAAGCUGGAGAAUACAUGUACCAAGCAUUAAAUGAAAAUGUCUUUCUGGAGUUUCCACACAGUGAAUGUCAAGAUUGUGUUCAGAUUUCUGACUCAAGAAUUGAAGCAUUGAAAACCUUACCAAAGUCUCCAGAAGUGAAGAACUAUUCUUGUGAAUUCUGCAACUUCACCACUUGCCAUUUCCAGAAUGUAAAGAAGCAUUAUCGUAAAGUACAUCGUGAGAAUCUGUAUUUUGAAUGCAGGAAAUGCCACUUCUUUAGUGGGAGAAAGAAUGCCCUUUCUCAGCAUGCAGAAGUAUGUGAACUCACAGUAGGUGAGAAGAAUUGUUCUGCAAAGAAAAUGGAUAAAAACACCUUUGUAGAAAGUCAUAUGGUUGGAAGUGGAAGUACGAUUGCAGUUCACUUAAAAGAAGACUUUGAUCUGACUUCAGCUGAGGUUCAGUCUGGAGUAUUGCAUUGUCCUCUGUGCCUCUACUACACCAAGCACAAAAGCAGAAUGGUCAAUCAUGUUCUGGAGCACAAACAUGGGCAGCUGCCUUAUGUGGAAGAAUGUCAACUUGAACUGAUGCAUUUUUUACCUGGGAAGGUAUACUGUUGUGAUUGGUGUACAUUUGUUACACUUAGUCAGGACACCCUAACACAUCACAUGGACACCCAUAGCCCAGUGAAACCAUAUAAAUGUCGCCUCUGUUUCUUUGAAGCUAGACUGCAGACAGAACUGGAGACUCACCUGCAGGAGCAGCACAAGGUGAAAUGCAACUUUGAUCUGGUGGGUGCGGUGAACCUAAAUGAAGCAGACCUAGUUUUUGAAAUUGAAGAGUUUCAAAGGAAGAGACUCAAGAAAAUCCAGCGUGAACAAAGAAUUCAAAGGUGCACAAGACAUAAUUGUUCAUCUAAAGCAACCCAAUUUCCCUGUGAAUUUUGUGGUCGAAGGUUCCUGAAUCACUCAGAAUGGAAAUGUCACGUUCAAAGACACUCCCUUGGGAGUUGAUGAGGACAUAUUGAGAGGAAACCAGAAAGAAUUUGUGAAUGAAGACCAGAAAUCUCAACAUCUUCAGGAAAACAGGACUCUUCUUCUUCCAAAUACUGUCAGUGAGUUUUUGUCAAUCAUUGUUGUGGUUCUUGUUGAAACACCUGAGGAAUAAAAGCAAAAUUGUGUUCUUUGCAUUUUGUUUUGAUUAAUGUGGUGAACAAUAACCUUGGAAGACCUAUAAAUAGAGAGUGCGUGCUUUAUAAUUCUGUAUGAAAAGUUAUGGCACGUAUGUUUGAAUAAAACAUUUCUUUUUUCCCCCACAGCAGUGAUCUGUCAACUAGAAUUUGCCUUUGUUAUGAAAUUGAUUUAAGCUGUUAGUAUUUCUAUAUCUCCAGCCUUCUGGUGUAUUAUAACUGGGAAGUGUUGUGACCUGAUAUUUAUGGUGGGAAUUUAUAAUGUCUGUGUAUAAAAUAUUUGCUCAUUGAAUUUGCAUCUUUGAAUAUGAUUGGCUAAUCAUAAUUCCAAUUAUUGUUGCACUAGUUCUAGCAGUUGUCAUUCUAGAAUAAAUACUAAAAUUGAUUAAAUGCAACUACUCUAAAUUGACCAAAAGUUCACAUCAAGACAAUUCUUGAAAGUUAUCAACUUUUAUUGAAGUUCACAACAAGACAUGCAUGUAUGUUGAUGAGCAUGUUCCAAUAUGUGCGCACAUUAUUUUUCCAUGCCUUGCAGGUUAUUAAGAUAUUAAAAAACAGUGAAGAAAAGCAAAUUCUCAACCACAGAACAUUUUUGCUAAAGUGUAAUAACUGAGAUAAGGGCAAUUGCUUCACUUUAUCAGAAGUAGAGAUGCAAAUUUACUGUGGUGACAAAAUUAACAUAUUGUUGACCUCUGUAGUAGUUUCAUAACUCUAGUUGAUGAUGAACCUGAGAUCGCGAGACAUCUUUUCCUACCCAGAAAACAUUAAACAGCAUUUGUUCCCUGUACUUUAUCUUUCACUGAACGCACACAAACCUGUGGAAGAAAGCUUUCAAAAUUAAACAUAAAUUUGAUAUUUAAAGUUAUGUUCCUAUGUACAUUCAAUGGUUUUCAACUAAUUUGAUUAAAAAUGUACAUAUUAUGCAUUCCAUUACACUUCUAAUCUACGUACUUUUCAGUGUGUAAUCUCUUCAAACACGUCACCCUUCCCAAGAUUAAAAUAUGAAUUUUUGGGUUUAAAAAAUUAAAUGGCAGAGCUAUACGGUAGAAAUUGAGAGCUAGCAAGCCAGACAAUCUUUAAUUUCAUUUAAUGUUUAUGUUUGUAAUAGUUUAAUUCAGAUGGCAUUUUGAAUUAAAUGAAUUUCCUGCCAAGUGCACUGUUUAAGAACGUUGGCAGUUUUCCU